UCUAAAAAGAUAAUGCAAGUGAAUAUCUUUGAAUUAUGUAAUAUGAUGCAAAGAAAGAUUGAACUACUCAAGGAUAUCGAUAAGGAAACUCAUAUAAAAGCCUAUGAAUUCAUAUUAAAAAUGGUGAGAAUUAGACUUGCAAAAGAUGAAGAAAAUAAAUAUCAUAAUAAUGAAGUGAAACAAAAAGACAUCAAAAAUUUUAUUGAUAUGAAGAAGAUCUUAAAAUGAUUAAAUUUACAAGACAUUGAUAAGGCCAAGCCGAAGUCCCCAAAGAUGAGACUUAGCUCAAAAGAGAGUUCAAGAUCACCACAGAAAACCCAAAGAAGGACUCAAUCAGUCCCUUUCUUCGAGGAAGAACAAGAAGAUGAAUCUAGUUCAGGAUUAUUAGUUGAUAAAUUUGACUCUAUUGAGGAUCUAAAUAAUUAUUAUAUGAAUAUGAAACGUGCCUUAACUGUUAAAGAAUUUAAGCAAUCACUUGAGAAAAUCCAUAAGAUCCAAGAAAAUAUUCCCAAAAAGGAUCCCCUUGAAAACGACAGACUGAUAGUCAUAGAUUCUACUACAAAAUCAAAAUCACAGCAACUCCCAAUGACAAAAAGCCACCCUAAUACCUCAAAAUCCAUAUCUCAACCCCUUCCAAACCCUUCUAAUGCCGAAUCCCCCAGCCCAGUCAAGAAGCAAUACAAGUUAAACCUUGAUAUGCUAUCUAAACGAAGGAGCAUGCCCAGCUGGCAGAUCCAAGAACGAGCACUUUCCAUGAUGUACACUCUCCACAAAGCGGCUUCGAAGGGAAGAGGAGGUGCAUUUCCAAGGUGGAAAUAGAGGAGGUAAGCAAGGAAUAAUGGAAUAUCAAAGACAGAACAUGUAUCAGUUUUUUCUCCUGAUUUGAUAUGUUAUUAAUUCUUUCUUAAUUCCAUAA